AUGCGAUCAACACCAGGAGCACUGGCGGCCCUGGCCACCGUGGCGGCGCAUCUCGCCGCGGCCCUGGUUCCCCGCGACGCACCAGAAGCAGCAGCAGUAGCCGCAGCAGCAGUAGCAACAGCACCACCGACGACGGCAGCGAUGGCGCUCCCCUUCCCGGCCCAGGUGGCCAUCGACGACUCCAACCUGGCCAUGUGCGCCAACGCCAACUGGCCGCCGACGUCGACGGGCGUCGGCGAGGUGAUCAGCGCGCAGCUGCCCGACGCGGACCUGCAGGCGGCGCUCAAGGAGGUGGACCCGGCGCGGCUCCGGGCGACGGUCGAGAAGCUGGUCGGCUUCGGCACGCGCCACACGAUGUCGACGCAGACGGACCCGAAGCGCGGCAUCGGGGCCGCCAGGGACUGGAUCGCGCAGGAGAUGCGCGGCUAUGCGCAGGCCGCCGGGGGGAGGAUGGAGGUCACGGUGCCCGGUUACGUGCAGGGCGUCGCGUCGCGGAUAUCGUUCCCGGUCUUGAUCAGCAACGUCGUCGCGACGUUGAAGGGCGACAAGGAUCCCGAUAGGGUCUAUGUCAUCUCGGGGCAUUAUGAUAGCCGGGCGACGGAUGUUAUGAACUUUGAGAUUGAUGCGCCGGGGGCGAACGAUGAUGCUUCGGGUGUUGCUUUGGCAAUGGAACUCGCCCGCAUCUUUGCGACGCGCCGGCCAGCCGCGACGAUUGUUUUUACCGCCGUGGCGGGCGAGGAGCAGGACCUUUUCGGGUCAAGGUUCAUGGCUCAGACGUUCCGCAACGCGUCGGUCAACGUAGAAGGCGUGCUCAACAACGACAUCAUCGGAUCUUCGACGGGAUCCCGAGGUGAAAAGGACCCGCACACGGUCCGGGUUUUCUGCCAAGGGGGAUCGCCACCGGGCGAGCCCAAGGAUCGGGCGGAGACGCGGGCCGACAUUGGCGGGGAGAACGACUCGCCGGCGCGGGAGCUGGGGCGGUUCGUGGCCGAGGUGGGCGCCAACUCCUUCACCGACAUGAAGGUGGCGCUCGUGUACCGGCUGGACCGGUACCUGCGGGGCGGGGACCACAGCAGCUUCCUGGACGCCGGGUACGGGUCGGCGGUGCGCUUCACGGAGCCCAACGAGAACUUCAACCACCAGCACCAGGACGUGGGCAAGGCCCCGGACGGGACCGUGCUGGGCGACCUGCCCGAGUUUGUCGACUACGACUACGUGGCCCGCGUCGCCAAGGUCAACCUGGCGACGGCGUGGUCGCUGGCCAACGCGCCGCCGCAGGUCCGCAACGUCACGGUGGACACGGAGGAUUUAUCCAACGACACGGCCCUGUCGUGGGCCAAGAUCGCCGGCCCGGCUGCGGCGCUGGUCAAGGGCUACGAGGUGGUCUGGAGGCCGACGACGGCGAGCAUGUGGACGCACCAGCUGUUCGUCGGGGACGUCACGAGCGUCAAGGUGCCGCUGACAAAGGACAAUGUGAUUUUUGGGGUGCGGAGUGUGGGUCAGAAUGGUUACAAGAGUCCUGCCACAUUGCCGUUUCCCUGA